AUGGGCAAAGGAUGGAGUGGGGAGAUGAGGGAUGGGGAGAAUGGGGAUGAAGAGAUGAGGGGUGGGGAGGAGAGGGAUUGGGAGAAGAGGGAUGGGGAGGCGAGGCAUGGGGAGAGGAGGGAUGGGGAGGUGAGGGAUGGGGAGGUGAGGGAUGGGGAGAUGAGGGAUGGUAAGAUGAGGGAUGGGGACAUGAGGGACGGGGAGACGAGGGAUGGGGAAAUGUGGGAUGGGGAGGAGAGGGUUGGGGAGGUGAGGGAUAAGGAGAGGAGGGAUGGGGAGGUGAGGCAUGGGGAGGUGAAGGAUGGGGAGAAGAGGGACGGGGAGGCGAGGCAUGGGGAGAUGAGGGAUGGGGAGGUGAGGGAUGGGGAGAUGAGGGAUGGGGAGAAGAGGGAUGGGGAGAAGAGGGAUGGGGAGAAGAGGGAUGGGGAGGUGAGGGAUAAGGAGAGGAGGGAUGGGGAUGUGAGAGAUGGGGAGGUGAGGGAUGGGGAGAUGAGGGAUGGGGAGAUGAGGGAUGGGGAGAAUGGGAAUGGGGAGAUGAGGGAUGGGGAGGAGAGGGAUUGGGAGGUGAGGGAUAAGGAGAGGAGGGAUGGAGAGGUGAGGCAUGGGGAGGUGAGGGAUGGGGAGAUGAGGAAUGGGGAGAAGCGGGAUGGGGAGAAGAGGGAUGGGGAGAAGAGGGAUGGGAAGGUGAGGGAUAAGGAGAGGAGGGAUGGGGAUGUGAGAGAUGGGGAGGUGAGGGAUGGGGAGAUGAGGGAUGGGGAGAUGAGGGAUGGGGAGAAUGGGAAUGGGGAGAUGAGGGAUGGGGAGGAGAGGGAUUGGGAGGUGAGGGAUAAGGAGAGGAGGGAUGGAGAGGUGAGGCAUGGGGAGGUGAGGGAUGGGGAGAAGAGGGAUGGGGGGACGAGGGAUGGGGGGAAGAGGGUUGGGGAGAUGAGGGAUAACCUGAUGAGGGAUGGGGAGAUGAGGGAUGGGGAGGUGAGGGAUGGGGAGAUGAGGGAUGGGGAGAUAAGGCAUGGGGAGAGGAGGGAUGGGGAGAUGAGGGAUGGGGAGGAGAGGGUUGGGGAGGUGAGGGAUAAGCAGAGGAGGGAUGGGGAGGUGAGGGAUGGGGAGAUGAGGGAUGGGGAGAAGAGGGAUGGGAAGAUGAGGGAUGGGGAGAUGAGGGAUGGGGGGACGAGGCAUGGGGAGAUGAGGGAUAACCUGAUGAGGGAUGGGGAGAAGAGGGAUGGGGAGAUGAGGGAUGGGGAGAAGAGGGAUGGGGAGAAGAGGGAUGGGGAGAAGAGGGAUGGGGAGAAGAGGGAUGGGGAGGUGAGGGAUAAGGAGAGGAGGGAUGGGGAUGUGAGAGAUGGGGAGGUGAGGGAUGGGGAGAUGAGGGAUGGGGAGAUGAGGGAUGGGGAGGAGAGGGAUUGGAAGGUGAGGGAUAAGGAGAGGAGGGAUGGUAAGAUGAGGGAUGGGGACAUGAGGGACGGGGAGAAGAGGGAUGGGGAGAUGUGGGAUGGGGAGAUGAGGGAUGGGGAUGAGAGGGUUGGGGAGGUGAGGGAUAAGCAGAGGAGGGAUGGGGAGGUGAGGGAUGGGGAGAAGAGGGAUGGGGAGAUGAGGGAUGGGGAGAUGAGGGAUGGGGAGAUGAGGGAUGGGGAGGAGAGGGUUGGGGAGGUGAGGGAUAAGCAGAGGAGGGAUGGGGAGGUGAGGGAUGGGGAGAUGAGGGAUGGGGAGAAGAGGGAUGGGAAGAUGAGGGAUGGGGAGAUGAGGGAUGGGGGGACGAGGCAUGGGGAGAUGAGGGAUGGGGAGAAGAGGGAUGGGGAGAUGAGGGAUGGGGAGAAGAGGGAUGGGGAGAAGAGGGAUGGGGAGAAGAGGGAUGGGGAGAAGAGGGAUGGGGAGGUGAGGGAUAAGGAGAGGAGGGAUGGGGAUGUGAGAGAUGGGGAAGUGAGGGAUGGGGAGAUGAGGGAUGGGGAGAUGAGGGAUGGGGAGAAUGGGGAUGGGGAGAGGAGGGAUGGGGAGGAGAGGGAUUGGAAGGUGAGGGAUAAGGAGAGGAGGGAUGGUAAGAUGAGGGAUGGGGACAUGAGGGACGGGGAGAAGAGGAAUGGGGAGAUGUGGGAUGGGGAGAUGAGGGAUGGGGAGGAGAGGGUUGGGGAGGUGAGGGAUAAGCAGAGGAGGGAUGGGGAGGGAUGGGGAGAAGAGGGAUGGGGAGUUGAGGGACGGGGAGAUGAGGGGUGA